AGGAUUUCCUCCCAAACACCAUGUUGUUGGUCCAUUAAGCCAAUAUGUUGGUCCGUUUCCUGUUCAGCAGUGAGUGCAUGUCUGUUGUACUAUGUCUCGAGUUUUAGUCCUGAGAACUUCUUCAUGCUAUUUCUGUGUGGGUGAGUGAGUUCCUGCCAGUUUGUAUCCAGCCUUCUGGUUUUUCCAGCCUGAGCAGCGAUUCUUAAUAUUUCCCUACUUUUAUCCAGUUAGUUUCACCUUGUUUGUGUGUUUCCUCUUGCUGUGGAAGAGGACAUGUUUUGUGGUUCUCCCUCCAUUUUGUCAGCCACUAGUGGCCGUUUUCCCCUAGUGGGCGGGUCUGGACGGCUCCAUGUGAAAGCCACCUUCACCACCGCCUCCAGGUGGCUGUUCCUGCCCACUGGCACUGGGAAUGCCGGUCUGUGAGGAGUCCCCUCAUGGUCUCCAGUGGUUCGGCCAGCUCAUCGCUUCCUGCCUCUUACUGGGCUCUGCCAUCUGACUGCUGGUCCCCACCACCUCCACCUCAGGCCUCCCAGAGCCAGCGUUUCUGCCCGUGGACUGGAACCAGCGCACUGGAAAUGUCAGUCUGGGAAGGACUGUACUCAGCGCCACCCACGACGAAGGCUGUUGUGAGGCUUUGGUCACAGACUUGUGCAGGACAGGGUGACAAUGACUUGAAAGGCAGAGCAAUUCCCCACCGGAUAAAAGAUCAGUGGUUCAAUUCCCCAGCUUCGCCACUGGUGUUUGAAUGUGACGCAGUGUUAAAGUGCUCCCUCCGUCCUUCAAAGGCGAUGUUGUGAUGGACUUACUGGUCUGUGUGACAUCACUUCCUGUGUCUAGAACGAGGGUGAGUAGAAUGGUACCAAUUAAUUUUCCUCCACCUUAAUAAUUAGCGUGUUAUUUUUAUUCUAGUAAUGUAAGUAAUAUUUACUAUGCAUUUUAUUUCUCAACUCUUCUGUUGCACUGUUUUGUCAAGCCACACCAACAUGUGGUGACUCAACUUCACAUACUGUAACAGCAGAACGGAUCCAGGCCACCGUCGCUUGACGUCAUCCGCUUCUGCCCGAGUGAACCCAAAAUGUCAGACAGUCCAGCGAUGCUCCCUCAGUGUGACGUCUCAAGUUUGGUGAUGUCAUUGCUCACGCAGAUGCCUCCAGUCGCUUCUAUGUGGUUUCACGCUUAUGUGUUGCUUUUUAUAUCUCAUCUCAGACGUGUUUGUAUACGAUGCGUAGGUUUCUUGCUUGAGUUAACGAUUGGAAGCACAUUCGGAGAACACUUGGUAAAAAAGUUGAAUCUGAUUCCAUCCGACUUUCAGAAUAGUAGCUACUGGUCAUUAUAAAAGUUCCCCCUCCUUCAGCCUGCCUCUCUCUCUCUCUCUCUCUCCCCCCUCCCUCUCCUCACUCGUUCUUAGAAACCCAAGUGUGUGUAAAAGGGAGAGGGUGACUGAGGGACCUCAUAUGAAGCUCCUGCACCCUCUGCUCCGAGACACAGCUUCCUCCACAUUCUGAAGGAUGCCAGGAAACGUCGGAUCAGCGUCUGCCGGGUGGGGGCUGUUGGUCUGUCUGGUAUUUUGCACCAGACUGGCCAGCGUGAGGGCAGCACCCAUCUGCAGCAGCGCUCACGCCGGGUGCCACGUCCUCUCCCUGGCCAACCUGUUCGACCGGGUCAUCCAACACUCUGCCAGGAUGCAUGGGAUUUCAAACGAUCUCCACUCGGAGUUUGAGCAAUACUUCCUGCCCAGCAAGAAUCAGAUCGGCCGGGUCAGCCGCAACUGUCACACCUCCACCAUCCUCACCCCAAAUGGCAAAGAGAACGCUCAGAGAAUGGCGAGGGACGAGCUGAUGCAGGUGAUCCUGAAGCUCCUGGUAGCGUGGAGGGAUCCCCUGUGGCACUUCCACCAGAGCAUGUCUCACCAGCACGACUUCAACAACUUCAGCUCCAACAAGGCGCUGGAGAUGAGCGACAUGGUGCACGAGCUGCGCACGGGUGUGGAGAAAGUCGCAGAGAAGAUGCAGAUGUUGGGGAUAAUGAGCAACUCUGUCAGUGGCCUGACCUCUCCUGAGAUCUUGUUGCCCUCCGACAGCUCUGAGUGGCGCCUGAUGAAAGACUACGACCUCCUUUACUGUUUCCGUCGAGACUCCAACAAGGUCCAGAACUACCUGAAGAUCCUCAAGUGUCGCAUCGUGCCAGACCACGGAUGCUAAGAGCUAGAGCUCAGUGGAGGUUGGCUUGGAUUUCCUGGAACACCAGCAAGUUGGAGUAGAAUGAUUUAGUUUGAAAUGAAAACAUUAAUGAUGGAAGAGACAGACUUAGGAGUGUGUUGCAAUAACAAUGCAUGUAUGGAAGUCUUCUUUCCUAUUGUUUAUCAUUCUUAUUUUGCACUUUCGAUGAAGACUUGACAUGUGCAGAAACUUUGAAUUCUAUAUUAUGGUGAAAUAUUUUUGUUGUUCUUCUAGAAUAAAGCAAUGAGCAGACAUUCAUUUGCUUGUG